AUGGCUGUUGAGCCCGAGAGCUGUUGCGUGGCAGGUACAUACAAGGAAGGGCAGAUAACGCAGUUGCGUGGUGGAAGCUUGCGUGGCACCGCCUUAGCGUACACCCAGCUGAGGCCCAUCUGCCUGACGGUGCAGUGGCUGCCUCUGCGAGGGACCACUCCGUCCCAGCUGAAAAACACACCAUGGGAAGGGAUGAAGGGGUAUCUGCGGGAACACGUAUCGUCAGCCCGUGCCCGGAUCCCCCGGCUGGAGCCGCGAGAGGGACAAGCAGGACUCCCCGGCGGAGCCGUCUGCCCGCCCCGCUCCCCCGGGAAGCCCACGCGCCCCGCCAAGGACACGGGUAAAAACCUGACGCCGCUGAGCGGGCAGCGCCCGUCGGGGCCGGACUGCGGCCGGACGUGCAAGUGCAAGGCGCCCCUGGUGCCCAUCUCCAAGGAGUCCCACCCGCUCUACAACCGCAUCCGCACGGGGCAGGUGCCCAACUGUGCCAUCCCCUGCUACCAGCCCUACUUCACGCAGGACGAGAAGACCUUUGCCACCUUCUGGAUCGGCCUCUGGUCCAUCCUCUGCUUCCUCUCCACCUCCACCACCGUGGCCACCUUCCUCAUCGACAUGGAGCGCUUCAAGUACCCCGAGCGCCCCAUCAUCUUCCUCUCCGCCUGCUACCUCUUCGUCUCUGUGGGCUACAUCGUGCGGCUGGUGGCAGGGCACGCCAGCGUGGCCUGCAACCCCGAGCACCACCACGUCCACUAUGAGACCACAGGCCCCGCGCUCUGCACUGUGGUCUUCCUCCUCCUCUACUUCUUUGGCAUGGCCAGCUCCAUCUGGUGGGUCAUCCUGUCCCUCACCUGGUUCCUGGCUGCCGGCAUGAAGUGGGGCAACGAGGCCAUCGCCGGCUACGCGCAGUACUUCCACCUGGCCGCCUGGCUCAUCCCCAGCGCCAAGUCCAUCGCUGUGCUGGCCCUCAGCUCUGUGGACGGCGACCCAGUGGCCGGGGUUUGCUACGUGGGCAACCAGAGCCUGGAGAACCUGCGGGGCUUCGUGCUGGCGCCGCUGGUGGUCAGUCUUGACGCCUAUACCCUUAUCCAGAAGAGAUGUUCUUGA